AUGGCUUCUACCUCCAUGACAAGGAAACUACUACUGAGGAUUCAUGGACAAGGUGAUCAUCCUGGUCAGUAUAGAGCCCCCCCUCCUCCACCUUUGCGUCCAUAUAAAGCUACAAGUCCUGAUGAUUUGUCAGCACAAUCUGGUGGCAAGUACUGUAACAUACAAGCAGCUCCACGAUACAACACCAUGAAUAGGGAACUGAAGAUCUUUGUUUGCCUAGUAGCAAUCGGCGUGGCACAUGCCAGGCCUGGCUUCCUCCACGGUGGUCUGAGUAGCGUGGCCUACUCAGCUCCCGCAGUGUUGGCAGGUCCGGUGGCCGUAUCCAGCCAGUACCACGCACAAGACGCCCUCGGACAGUACAGCUACGGAUACUCUGGCGGUCCCAGCUCCAAAGUGGAGACCAAGACUGCUGACGGCAUCACGCGAGGUGGCUACUCCUAUAUCGACUCGAACGUACUUCCAGCUGCUGCCCCCAUCCUUGUGAACGGAGUUCCCGCUGACACCCUCGAGGUGGCCGCUGCUAAGGCCGCUCACUAUGCAGCCCAUAUCGAAGAGAAGGCGCGAAUCUUCGGUUGA